AUGAACCUCAAAAAGAUCUCGCAAUCCAACCUGUCAUUUGAUCCGUUGAAGCCUAUCAUUCUACGGGGUCCUCCCACUGAAGAAUCAAAGACCGUCUUAUCAGGCAAUGUCGUCCUGACAUUAUCAAAGUCAACAAAGAUCUCCAACAUUGCAGUGACAUUCAAGUGUACGGCUACCACGUAUUGGCCAGAGGGAAUUGGUGUUCGAGGCACCCGAUUGACAUCUGAAAAGGUGCUUAGCGAGGAGACCCUUGUAUUGAUGAAUGAAACCAAGUACUUGUCUGAAGGUGUACAUCGACUUCCCUUUGGCUUCCUUGUACCUAAUUCUGUGGUUGAAUCGAUUGAUGAUGUUUACGGCCGAGUACGACAUACGAUUGAAGCACGUGCUAGUCGACCUGGUAUCUCGUUGCUUAACUCAUGGCAUUCCACCAAGACGGUGCUUGUAUUGCGUACCUACAUGUCCAAUUCGCUGCUUACCAACAACACGGUGCAAGAUUUAUCACGUACUUUGGAAAAGAGGAUUGGCCCAGCCGACAUUCAAGUGAUCAUUGAACAAGCAGCAUUUUCAGCAGGCGAAGCUUUCCAUAUCAGAUCGAUUAUCCAACCUCAGAUGAAGCAUGUGCGAUUGGAGCAUAUGGAUGUCGUUGUGACGGAGCAUUAUCGAUAUCUUGAAUUGGAGAUGCGUGCACAAAGAAAUGGACAUGAAAGAUUUCCGUUCCAGUUUCGAGCAUCGACGAGUCUUUUGGAUGAGAGCACAGAUACCACGGAUCAAGUACAACCCAUAUUCAGCUCCAGCAAGGGGAAAUUGCUGAUCGGUGAUACAUUCGCUCAUCGGCUGACUUUUGCAACGCCUACCUGCCACCAAAACAUCCAUCACACAAGCACUCAUUACCGAGAGAUCCAGUUUCGUCACUAUAUCACCAUCAAGUUGACGCUCUCUUUUCCUAAUGAAGGUGAUAUCUGCUCCAUGCAUCCACUGGCUCCGGAAGAUAUCAUGGAAGGUCCAUUAGAACAUCAUACUCCAACAAUCCAUGAUCAUCAUCAUCAUCCUGACGCGGCUGGAUCCGGUUCAUGGCAACAUGUGUUAUCCAAGUUCAAAGUGAGCCGUGACAAGAGCAAGGACAAGCGUCGUAUCUAUGAUACCAUUGUGUUCGAUGUCCCGAUAACGGUCUUUGAUUGUCGUUUGAAAGAAGAUUUUGGAAGAUUACCUUCGUAUUUUGAGUUGGGUGUGACUCCUCGUCAAGCGGCUCCUCAUGAAGGCAAGAAGAAAAAGGAGAAGAGUAAAUGGGCGCAACCAGAGAUCGACAAGCCAAACGAGUUACCACACACGUAUCUAUGCGACUGUUACCAUGACUUCGCUCGCCAAAUGCAAUACGCCUCUCAAACUCCAUUCCUUGUCACCAGCAAUCUUCCCCUUGAACGUGUCCCAUCAUUGCCACCACCAGAGUAUGAAGCCACCAAGUAUUUCAACUAA